ACUCUUGCAUGUGUUUAUAGUGAUUUCCACGUCGCCCAUGAAAAAGAAACGAAAACACAUUCUGCAAAAUAUUUUAUUAAAAACAAAAAUAAGCACGAAUAAACCAUACGGAGAUCGAAGGCUUACAAUAGAAAUUAUUAUUUAAUACUAUAAAUAUGGGUGGAUUGCUGAGUUAUUUCUCUGCACUGUUUGGUAGUAAAGAGCGACGUAUCCUUAUUCUUGGUUUAGAUGGUGCUGGUAAAACAACUAUUUUAUACAGGCUUCAGGUGGGUGAGGUGGUGACAACUAUACCAACUAUUGGAUUCAAUGUGGAGACUGUAACAUAUAAGAAUUUAAAAUUUCAAGUCUGGGAUCUAGGGGGACAGACAAGUAUAAGACCCUACUGGAGAUGUUAUUAUUCCAACACAGAUGCUAUUAUUUAUGUGGUAGACAGCAUGGAUAGAGAUAGAAUUGGAAUCAGCAAACAAGAACUAGUUUCUAUGUUGGAAGAGGAUGAGCUGAAAAAGUCUGUUCUUGUUGUGUUUGCCAAUAAACAAGAUAUAGAGGGCGCCAUGACAGUCACUGAAGUUGCCAACUCUUUAGGUCUGCCUGCACUUAAAAAUAGAAAAUACCAAAUAUUUAAAACUUCAGCCAUCAAAGGAGAAGGUUUAGAUGAAGCUAUGGAAUGGCUGACCAACACAUUAGUGCAAGCCAAGUGAGUGCUAGGGAUUUGUAUACAUCAUUGGAUUCUAAAACAGAAUUACUGAGCUACAGAAUGUAGAAACAUUUAGGUAGACUGUACCACUUGACUGACGGAUUGUGUCCCAUGAUGGAGAUCACUUAUGAAAGACAGUAGAUAAUUUUAUACUUUCAUCCUUUUUUUUUCUAUUUUACUAGUUAAUUGAGAAAUAAAGUAGAACUGAUAGGCUAAUUAAUUGUCCUUAUAAACACAUAUUGUACACACUUUUCUUGUAGUCUAUACUCAUUAUGCCCAAUGGUUACACCCUAGAUGGACUGAAAUGAAAAGAUAGCACUUAUAUUUUCUUUUUUUCAAUGUUCUAUUCCCUCUGGGCAUUUUGAAAUGAUCCUCUCUUCUGCCAUAAACUAUUUACACACUUAGCUAUACCGACACCUCAUUAUUGGCAAUUCAUUUAUUGGCGAGAGAAAUUGAUAACCUCCAUGAGAUUUGGCUUGUAUAAUGAGUACAGUCCCAUAGGAAAAGUAAAUAGAUUAACAUUAGUCUUUGACAGUAUCAUUCUGCAGUGCAUUGGCCCAUCUUGUGGCUUGAUGAUGUAAAUAAUAGUUUUUUUUUUAUAAAUGUUGUACCAAGUUUCUUUUGAUAUAGAAUGUAUGUGUUAAGAGUAAAUGUUCCUUAAUCAUUCACAACACACAACUGUGUGUAUUGGAACAAAUCUUUGGGUUGUAAAAGAGACAGAAUGUCUGUUUUAUAUUAUGUACAUUGGGGUUAUCUGCAAAUGUUGGUGUUUUGUUUUUUUUGUUUUUUUUUAGAUAUGUGUGAAUAUAAUUAGAUUAUUAAUUAAUUAUUAAUUUUUCUUUAAAUGCUUGCCAUAUUUAUAUUUAUCAGUGCUGAAAAAUUUAUUAACCGUUAAAUUAUUGCUUUUUUUUUUAAGAUUAAGUUAUUUACAAGCUAUUCAGUUCAAUCAACACAUAGUACAAGUAAAUUCCAUUAAACUUUUUUUUGAAUUGAUUCUUGGCACAAAAUUAUGCCAGGAAAUCACCAAAAGUUUAAAAUGUGUCUGUUCAUUAUUUCAAGGAAAACAGUUUAAAACAUUAUAUUUAUUUUAUCUUAUGUGCACAACUGCAUUUGAAUCUAUUUGUCCUUGUUUGCGCGUUGUUCUAGAUCUAUGUUAUCACUUGAAAUGGGAUCAAUUGGAUGGCUUUAUAAAGGUAUUUAUAUUCUUCUGAGAUAAAUAAAUGUUCCCAUUCUCAAAUUUUAGUUUGAAAUUUUAAAUCUUGUGUGUCCAUAGUGUCAUUUCACUAUCUCGUUGACUGGAGAAUUACUUUUUGCAGUGGUGCAGGUUAUUGUUGCUGAAAUUAAUUUUCUUACAAAAUCACUGACCUAGAAAGACAUCUUUGUUUGCAUAUUGUUUCUCCAUUAGCCGAUUUAUUUUAAUAAAUUAACAAUAUCAGUCUAUAAUGAUACUGAUGUUGUUCUCUUUGCUAUUUUCUUAGCAAAAGAAUGGUAAGGCUGAAAAUGUGCAGUAACGACCAGAAACAUUGGCUUUUUAUUCUCUUAUCAAACAAUUGAAUUUGUUGUGUAAUUUAGAAGUGUGUUAUUAACCUGUUCUAUUUCCACAAGAAGGUUUUUUUCAGUACAGACCAACUCUCUUCUCACCAUAUUAUGUACCAUGUGAUAUAUAUAUAUAUAUAUAUAUAUAUAUAUAUAUAUAUAUAUAUAUAUAUAUAUAUAUAUAUAUAUAUAUAUAUAUAUAUAUAUAGUUAACUAAGGAACUUUAUGGUAUACAAUAGUAUUUAAUUGUAUUUUAAGUAGCUAUUAUUUAUUGUUAGAAUUAGGUGAUAUGACAUAAAUGGAAUAAUAAUUCUAUUGUUGAUCCACAUAGAUAUUUAAAUGUGUCUAUCCUUAAGAUAUUGUUCUGACACAAUAUAUAUAUAUGGUUUGGAUGACUUAUGUCACAUGCAUAUUUAUUUAUUAGAUACUUGAAAGCAAACUUUGGCUUCAUUACCAAUAAAAAGCCCUGUUAUUUGUGAUUUAAGCCAUAUUUCCCUUUAGUCCUUCAAUUUCAGUGCUGCUCUUUGUUUAUUGUCAUUAAACUCACUGGUUCAUAGUAGUCUGCCCUUGUGAAAAACAUGGAAUAAGCCAGUACACAUUUCUAAGGGCAGAUUUGUUAACAUUUUUGUCCAGAUAUCAGAUUCUGAUAAGUAUGUUUUCUCUUGAAAUUUAUGAGACUCACUCAUCAUUUAUUUUAUUGUCUUGACAAUGUUUUCAGGCAACAUUUGUAAAUAUCACUUCUGCAUUUUUUUUUCUCAUAUUAAUUUUGAUUAUUGAAAUAACGAAAUUUGGCAAUACAUUAUAGUGGAGAAAAUAUU